CUUGUCAGCUGACUGUCAGCGUCUCCGUCAGGCGUCACAACACCCGUGUGCUGCUUACCUGCCAGCGUAGAUCAGCAGCCCCUAGCCGAAGCGCCGCCGUCGGACUAGGGAGGGUUAUGUUUCCCGGAGCCAGAACCGUACACGGAGGUUUGUGCACCACCGACUCAUGGCGGCCGAAAUUCAACCGCAGCCGCAGACUCGGAAGCCAUGUCUGCUGAGCAAAAUCGAGGCUUUCCAGGAGGUCGUGAGCACGGCGGUCAUCAUUCCCAAAGAAGACGGCGUUAUCAGCGUUUCCGAGGACAGGGCGAUUCGAGUAUGGCUGAAGAGAGACAGCGGUCAGUACUGGCCCAGUGUCCACCACACAAUGUCAUCGUCGUGCUCCUGUAUGUCCUUUAACCCAGAAACCAGGAGGCUGUCGGUGGGGAUGGAUACUGGAAGUAUCUGUGAGUUCAUCCUGUCAGAAGACUACAACAAGAUUACCCCAGCACGCACAUACCAGGCCCACCAGGGCAGAGUCACAGUGGUCCUGUUUGUGUUGGAGAUGGAGUGGCUUCUGAGCACCGGCCAGGACAAAAACUUCACCUGGCACUGCUCGGAGAGCGGCCAGCAGCUGGGGACAUAUCGCACCGCCGCCUGGGUUUCUGGACUACAGUUCGAUGUGGAGACCAGACACGCCUUUGUAGGGGACCAGUCUGGUCAGGUUACCAUCCUGAAGCUGGAGCAGGACAGUUGCAGCCUGGUCACCACCUUCAAGGGACACACUGGUAACGUGACGGCGCUGUGCUGGGACCCAGUCCAGAGGGUGCUGUUCUCCGGCAGCUCAGACCACUCCAUCAUCAUGUGGGACAUCGGAGGGCGCAAAGGCACCGCCAUCGAACUGCAAGGCCACAAUGACAAAGUUCAGGGCUUGUGCUACGCCUCACACACUCGUCAGCUCAUUUCCUGCAGCUCAGACGGAGGCAUCGUCAUCUGGAACAUGGACGUAACACGACAAGAGACCCCGGAGUGGCUGGACAGUGACUCCUGUCAGAAGUGUGAGCAGCCUUUCUUCUGGAACUUCAAACAGAUGUGGGACAGUAAGAAAAUUGGCCUACGACAGCACCACUGCAGGAAGUGUGGCCAAGCGGUGUGCGGCAAAUGUUCGUCCAAGCGCUCCACCAUCCCCCUCAUGGGCUUCGAGUUCGAGGUGCGUGUGUGCGACAGCUGCCACGAGUCCAUCACUGACGAGGAUCGAGCGCCCACGGCCACCUUCCACGACAGCAAGCACAGCAUACUUUACAUGCACUAUGAGCCCACCACUGGAAACCUGCUCACCUCUGGCACUGACAAGGUUAUCAAGCUAUGGGACAUGACUCCUGUGGUGUCCUGAGGACUGUGGGCGAUCGGCAUUCAGCGGAAACCUCUGUUCACCAAACUGUGAGGGUUUAACGGUGGCAGCUGCACUUGGAAGAGAGAGAGGGGAGCAUAUCCAACAGUAUCGAUGUCAUCCAGAUAAUAUUUAACAGUUAUUCAACAACAUGCAAGUGGCUGUUGCACGUUCACAGUGAGGACACUGCAGGCCAGUGAAGCCUGGGAACAGGACAGGCCAUGGUUGACACAAGGUUACAGACGGUUGUGGGUGUUUGUUUGUGUGAAAGGUGCUGGUGGGUGGUGAUCUCUCUGCGUGUAUAUGUGUGUGUGGGAGGGGAUGAGGCAUUUGACUUUCUGAGGAAUUUACACAGCUUACUUGCUUACUUUUCAUGCAUUCCUUGCCACAUUUCGUACUGGAAACUCACAAAGCAGUAACUCAAAAGUUUCUGCACUGUGGUCAUUGGGUACCCUCAAACCAAAUUUGACUUUUUUUUUUUUUUUUUUUUUAGAUGUGAAGCACCUCAUUGAACUGUACCACAACUCACUCACUCAUAUUUAAACUCCUGUAGGCUGCAGAUUCCUCCACAAGGGGGAGCUGUUUAAUCACUGUCAAGCCAGAUCUAUACCUGCCAACCUGCACCAUCUACAGGACAGCAAAGUAACAGCGCAGCAGCGGUUCAGACUUGCAGAUGUAGACAUGUUUAGGGUGUCCUCCACAGGCAAAGUAAUAGCUGCUGUAAGGUUUUACCUUCACUUUUCUUUGUGUGUGUUUGGUUUUUAGGUUUUACAUUUGACCUUUGCACCACCUGUUUGCUAAAAUAGCAGGAAAAUGUAACAUCAAUGUGUCACACUGGCCCCCAGUAGAUAUUGAAGAAUAAUUUUUAAAGAUUUAGUAAAUGAGUAAAGAAUUGUUUUCCCUGUCUGACCAUCUAUAAAUCAGCCAUAACAUUAAACCUUUUCAGGCACUAGACCCUCAGACAAGUCAACCUAUGUGUUGUGUGUGUAUAUAUAUAUAUAUAUAUAUAUAUAUAUAUAUAUAUGUAUAUGUACUCACACACACACAUAGGACAAACAGUGACACUUACAAGAGAGGAGUGUUACAAUUUGGAAAUGUUUAAAAUUUAUAAUAUGAAAGCUGUAAACAGAUGGACACAACAGCAGCAUUGAAAAAAACAUCUGCGGUUGUAACUCAUUGCCUGCAGGUGGCACUAGUGUCAACACUGCAGGAGCUGUUGCAUUCCUUGCCUGUAGAUGGAGCUAAGGAGCACGUCUACAGUAUAUCUGCAGCUCUUACUUGCUAGUGGAUGGCACAGGUUGGACUGAAACUGCAUGUCUGACACUGCAUGUCAGAGUGCUAGAGCAGCAACUCUUCAAGAAUAUGAUAUGGGCUGAUCCUGCUUUCAGGUGAUUCGCAUCACUCACGUUGUGUGUUUUUUGUUGUCAUGUGUAAGAGUCAAAGAAAUCCCAAGCUUUCUAAACACACCUUUCAGAUUUUGUCAUCUGUAAAUUAACCCAUCAGACUGCUUGCUGAUCUUUGAAAACAAUAUUUUGUAUGUGUUGUCCUGUCAUCAGUGGAGCUGUUUUGAGAUUAUUUAUUAUUCCAAGUGUGGUAUAAAUAUUUCUGAAAUGCAAAUGCACAUAUCAUCAAACAUAAAUACUGUACAUGAACCAGGACUGAGAGGAAACUAAUGAACAUGUUUUGCCUUGAUUUUGUUCUCAUUGUGACUGUUGUUUUUUUUUUUUAAGUCACAAUACUCUAUACUGACUUUUAAUGUCAAUGCACUGGAAUCAAGAAGCAAAAAUGUCACAAAUCGCUGCUGUGAAGAGGAAAUAUGACUUUUUUAUGAUUAUCAUGUUUUUGCUUUAAUGAUCAGAUGGUAACUGAGUUGAAUUCUUCUAAUGUUCAAACCCCACUGAAUAUUUUCCAAAGAUGUUUGAAGUUUAGAUUGAAAACAAGGUUACAUUGAAGAUUUUCUCCAACAAUAGAGACUUCGAAAAUUUAGGCUUGACUGUUUGUGGAAAAAGUUUGAUGGCACAUUCACAGCUACUCAUAAAGGUACAUUAACAGCCGCUGUUAACUCAAGAAUGUGAGCCUGAGGGUAGGUACUAAUAUUUUUAAGGACCAUACCAUUUUCGGAGGUUUCAGCUUCUUCACCACAGAUCGUGUAUAUUUAACUUUUUUGCCGACCACUUUGUAACGCACGGUGUACUGUUUUAGGUUUUUGGGAUGUAUUUUUCCAAUGUUUCCAGGAAGCUCUUGGUUUCCAGCCAGUUGUCACUUUGUAGUGCAAUUCGUGUAAAACUGUAGCCACCUGGAAUAGUAGUUUAAAAAAAAACAAACCCUAAAACACAGUAGCUUGUUUUGUAAGAGAUACCUAUGAUCAUAUUACGUGAACGUGAUUGAAAUCGGCAAAAAUGUGGAAAUUCGGCGGUGUAGUCCUAUUAACGUACAAACCCCAUGUACACAGGAGAUGCAAAAUUAUUAGAUACAGUACCUAAACUUUUGUUGCGGUCAAAAAAAAAAAAAAUCACCUGAGGGCAAUGGUGACCAUUAAUGUAACCUUGUGUGUAUAAAUAAUAUAUUAAAAGUGCAGGUUGUCACCUACUUGACCAGAUUUGAGUCAACAUGGUGUUUUUCUCUGCAGUUUCUCACGUUCCACUGAGUGUUCAAAGUUCUUCUCGGCUGCUGCUUUUUAUAACAUGUUGGGCAACUCCUCCAGGCCCUUGAUGGUGGUUUCGCGGUUAAGACUGUGGGGGAAAAAGUAUCAGCAUCCACUGUUACUCUUGUGGCUCUUAACACUGUCCAGCCAAGUUUGAAAACACAAUUUGUCUCACAGCUGGUGAAAUGAAAGUAGAUUCAGUUUUCCAUUCAAGUGAUCUUUUGAAUUUAGCCAAAAUUGUUCUUUCUUAGCAUCCAAAUACAUUUUAGUUCCCAAACAAAACACACUGUCAUCUUUUGAUGUAACAAACAGACAUUCAACGAUUAAUAAUUAU